AUGAUAUUAGAUCCAUUAUCUCCAAACAUUGAAAACCAUACUCAGGAUGAAAUCAUUGAGUUUUGGGAAAAAACGGAGUCCAUUGCUAAUAUACCAAAGGAAAACCUGGAUGAACCCCAUGUUAACUCAAGUCUGGUUGCCUAUCUGAAGUUUGCUACUGAUUCCUAUAAGGUGUUUAUUAAUACUGAUCGUGACCUCUACCGGAUGUCCCUAAUACUGUUAGAAUCACCCUUAUUUGAAUUUAAAAAAGAGUUUUGCUUGAGUAAGUUGCAAUCAUUACUUAACAUAGACCUGCUGGAAAUGAAUAUGAAGUUUAUCAUUGUUUAUAUUCUUCUCUGUGAGGCCAAAAAAAAUGUAUAUUCUUUAGAAAUUAUGCUCAAAUUCCAAGGAUUUACUGUAUUCUAUAAUACUUUGUACACUCAAUUUGCCUAUUUGAGCAAAUACGGAAAAGAAAAGGCAAUUGUCUCUAAGCAACAAUAUAAUUCUGACAGUUCUAUCACAGAUACAUCCUUAGACAGUUUGAACCGAAGUUUAACUGAUAUUGACUUGGCUAUUAUAGAUGAAAUGAAGCAAAUUUCCACUGUUUUGAUGGAUUUAUUAUUUCAAAUUAUGAAAUACUGUAAAUGUGUUAUUGCUAAUCUUCAAAUUGUCGACGACUUCUUUGUUUACUAUUUGAUGGAAUCGAUGAGGUCGGACACUAUGGAUGACAUGUUCAAUAAUGCGGAGUUCAAACUAUUGUUAUCGUUGAAUGAGCAAUAUAUGAUGUUUUCCAAAGAGUACGACAUUGAAAAUAAGGUCUAUAAGUAUCUCAUCAUUGGAUCUGUCUCAAGAUGCUUCACUGAGUUGUUAUUAUUAAAAUUCAAUAGGGUAUCUGACCCUCCAUUACAAAUUAUGAUGUGCAAAAUCAUUUAUCUUAUCUUGACACCAAGAGGCGACUUCCUUCCGAUGAAUUUCUUUUAUACAAACGAUCUACAUGUCCUUAUCGAUGUAUUAAUCAGAGAACUACAGAAUAUUAGUGAGGAUGAAGAGGUAUUGAGAAACACCCUUCUAAGGGUUUUGAUUCCAUUAUUGAAGAAUACACAAUUGUCCAAAACACAUUAUAGAAAGGAUGAUUUGAAUAAACUAUUAAAUUACUUGUCGACUUUAGAUAAUAUAUGUGUUGACAGCCCAGUGUUGCACGAACAUCAAGUUACUGUAACCUUAUCACGGAAGUGUCUUCAACAAAUCCCUUGGUUAGAAACACCUUCGACGCCUCCAGGUGAAGAUUCUUCGGCCUCUAGUAAUACGACUAGUAGAAAUUCUAGUAUUGUUGCAUUGGGAGGGCCUGAUAAUCAAAAUGUCUUGGCUCGUAAAGGCCAUCUUUAUAGUAAUCGUGAAUUAGAUGUUUCUGCAGAAUCUUUGACUAAAAGAAAAGCUAGAGCUCCGCCUCCGCCUCCGCCUCCUCCUCCGUCAAGAAAAUGUGGGACUCCAAAAUAA